AUGCAGUACCAUGUACAGUAUGGGCAGACAGAAAAAUGGACCCAACCUGGCUGGAGAAUAGAGCAGAGGUAUGCAAACAAAGUUCUAAUUGGAAACUGGGUGGAAGAGAAGCUGCAGUUCACUCGAGAGUGUAAGACAGCCAACAGCACCAACUGUGCAGACUACCAGCCACAGAGGCCAGACGUCAUCGUGAGACGAAUGGUGCUGUGGAAAGCUGAGGGCCUUGCUGCCAAGCUGCUUCUCUCCCACCACGGCACGCUGCCCUCCCAUUACCUGGUCACCCUCUAUGAUGAGAUGUACAGGCGCCAGGGCUCCUCCACCCUGCCCACAUUGUGCUCCUGGCAUCCAGACAGGCUGGAGAGGAUGUCAGAGAAGUCUGACCACGACCGUUAUCCAAUCUUGUCAGCUCUGAGCUCUCUCUCCUUCCCUUCCUUCUCCCACCCACCUCCAACUAACUUUGGCCUGGUGGAGUCUAGACAGGCCUGCCUGGACCAGCAGCAGCCCCCCUUCUCAACGCUAAGUCUGUACAGGACAGCGUACCAGAGGCACCCACUAAGUGCAUUCUGCCAGCCCCGCUUAGCCAGUGUGCCACGUGACCUUUCCAGCAAGCUCCAUCCUGCCAAUCUGAACAACAAGGACCUGGAAAUGAAACAACAGUCCUGUAGACAGGUCCAAGACAACUCAGUCUCCGCCAGCCUCUUCCCUCCCCUCUCUUGGGUGUAG